GCAAUCCAAAAGAGCCUUUGGUUUUGGAUACUCUCAUACUCACACAAGUUUUCCUUCGUUGUGUAAACAAUCCCCCAUCCAUCUCUCUCUCUCUCUCUCUCUCUCUCUCUCUCUCUCUCUGUGGAAGAUGAGAUCCAUGAAUCUAGUGGAUUCAUGGGUUCAUUCUCGUUCCAUGUACAAUGAACCAUUCCGAUUCAGAUCUUUAUUCGGCUUAACCCACAAACCCAACAGCAAGAAACCACCCAAUUCCCCAGCCCACCCGUUUACCCUGAAACAAACCCGACUCAUCUCUCCUCACGCCCCAAUUUGCGCUGUCCUAACCAGAGAAGAAAAAGAGAGCCCGAAUCAAGAAACCCAAUUCGAUUUCAAGGCCUACAUGGUUAACAAGGCGGUUUCGGUCAACAAGGCCCUCGACGACGCCGUUUCUUUGAGGGACCCGCCGAAGAUACACGAGGCCAUGCGAUACUCUCUGCUCGCCGGCGGCAAGAGGGUCCGGCCGAUGCUCUGUAUCGCCGCCUGCGAGCUCGUCGGCGGCGUCGAGUCGCAGGCAAUGCCGGCGGCGUGCGCCGUGGAGAUGAUACACACGAUGUCGUUGAUUCACGAUGACCUGCCUUGUAUGGACAACGACGACCUACGCCGCGGCAAGCCCACCAAUCAUAAGGUCUUCGGCGAGGACGUAGCGGUGCUAGCCGGCGACUCCCUCCUCGCAUUCGCCUUUGAGUACGUUGCCACCGUGACAACCGGUGUCCCACAGUCCCGAAUCCUUGCCGCAAUUUUUGAACUGGCAAAAUCAAUCGGAGCCGAAGGCCUAGUAGCAGGGCAAGUGGUGGACAUCACUUCCGCCGGAGUUUCUGAUGUUGGACUAGACCAGCUCGAGUUCAUCCACGUUCACAAGACCGCGGUGCUGCUGGAGGCGUCCGUUGUCCUCGGUGCCAUAUUGGGCGGCGGAAACAAAGAGGAAGUAGAAAAGUUGAGGAAGUUUGCUAGGUGUAUCGGGUUGUUGUUUCAAGUGGUGGACGAUAUACUAGACGUGACAAAAUCGUCUGCAGAACUCGGGAAGACGGCCGGGAAGGAUUUGGUGGCGGAAAAGGCGACGUAUCCGAAGCUGAUGGGGCUAGAGAAGUCGAGGGAAUUUGCAGAGAAGUUGAACGAGGAGGCUAAAGAUCAGCUAUCUGGGUUUGAUUCGGGCAAGGCGGCUCCGUUGGUAGCUCUGGCAAAUUACAUUGCUUAUAGGCAAAAUUAACCACCACCCACAUGGUACUUUUACCGAGAGUACGGUCACCGCUGGCUAAUACCCUUCGCGACACCGUCGAUGCAGGUUUUUGAUCGGAGAGCCGGGGGCUUUGGUUGAUACAUUUUGUUGUAAUAUUUACAGUUAUUCUUUUUAGAGAUUAGAUACAUGGUGGGGUGAGAGCAGUGGGUUUUUAGAUAGGGGCAGAUGAAUCUUUCACUUGCUCUGUUCUUGAAUGUUAUUGAUUAAAAAAUAUCUUCACUAGUUGAAUGCCAAAGUUCAUAUCGAAUCAAA